AUGGAUUCUCCAUUUGGAGCAGCAAAAGCAGCUGGAGCUGGAGAGAAACCAGAUGCACCAAAUCUUGAAAGCCUUUUCUCGAAAAUUGUUCAAAAACAAGCUAGUAUUAAGAAUCAUCGAAUGAUGGAUUUCAUCAGAAGCUCAGUUCCAUAUGGAGUUGAUCCAAGUAUUCCAAUGUUUGGUGAAUAUGAAACAUUCAGAUCUGAUAAAUCUGCUAAUUUUAUGAAUGAUGGUGCUGGUCAUAUUGUAUACAGACAAUACAGAAGAGCAAGACUUAGUGACGUAAGUUAAAGAAAAAACAAAAUUCAUUGAAAUAUUCUAAUUUUCUUAUAUUUUCAGAUUCUUCACAAUGUCAACCGACGAACAAAUGGUGGAUUCUAA